CUGGCGUAGUUGCAGUAGCGCCGCAGGGGUGCGCCUUUAGUUGCGUUAGGGCUGUCUUACGGCCGGCCUGCCAUUUCGCUGCCUCUCGUGGCUUCCGCCGAGCAUUUCCGUGGCCUGGCAAAUGCAGGCCCAGCAGAUUGAACGCCAUCGGCUAACAAUAGACGCUGGGCGUUUCCUGGGCGUUUCCUCUUGGACGUACCCGUUUUGCGGCCGUCAUCCGCCUCACCUCGGGGCUUAAAGAAUUCUCUCCCGGCCCAGAUUUCACCCGUAUAGUCUCCGUGUACAGCCACCCGUGUCAAACCCUUGAAGAUCUUUCCAAAUGGACCGCUCCAACAUCAUCGGCCGUGCCUCUGAGAUUGCCGAGGUCGCUCGCACGUUGGCGGACGAAUUGGCUCGUCGCCAACUGCCCGAACCCUCGUUCGAACACGGCCUGCCCGCCCCCCUGCAGAGCGAUGCGCCCGACUCGGAGGCGCCGGCGGCACGCGUGAAAUUGCUGGGUCUGCUGGAUGAAUUUCAUGAUGUUUUGACCGAGCCCGCGUUGUUGGGAAGCCCGGAGCUGCGCAAUCCGUCCAUGAGCGUGCAAGCGCUGAUCCGCCUGGGUGUUAUCGAAAACUUCCCUUCGGAGGGAACCACGGUCCAAGACCUGUCAAGCAAACUCAAUCUGAACGAGAACAUCGUUCGCAGACUUAUCUCGCACGCUGCCAGUUACCAUGUCUUCUUCCAGUCGAAGCAUGACUUUUUCGUGCAUACGGCGGCUUCGCGUGUGCUCAGCGAGAACGCUGGAAUGCGCUCUUGGAUGUUGAUCGGUCUGGCAGAAACCAUGCCUAGUGCCUUUCAAAUCGCGGAUGCCGUCAUUCAACACCCGAACUCGGAGGAGCCGCAACACAGUGGUUGGAACAUGCAAAAUAACACAGACUUGCCCAUCUUCCGGGCUCUCGCCGAUAUGCCCGACCGUGCCAGCCGAUUUGCCAACGCCAUGAUGUGGCACGCCCAGCUUCCAGGCUACUCGCCCCAAUACCUCACGGAAUGUUUCCCCUGGGGAACCGGGAACCUCACUGUGGUUGACGUCGGCGGCGGUAUUGGCCAUAUUUCGCGCGCAUUGGUCGCUCAUGACCCUACUGUCCAGUGCAUCGUGCAGGAUCGCGCCGAGGUUGUCGCACAGGGCGACGAGACGUUACCGGCAGACCUCAAGGAUCGGAUUCGUUUCCAGGCGCACGAUUUCUUCCAGGAGCAGCCGGUGCACGGGGCUGAUGUAUACCUGCUGCGGUUGGUGCUGCAUGAUUGGUCGAAUAAAUACGCCCAGAAGAUUCUGCAGGCACUGAUUCCGGCAUUGAAGCCCGGCGCGAAGAUCGUGCUAAAUGACCGUGUGGUUCCUGGAUACGGCGAGGCUCAGCUCCUGGUAGAGCGAGAAGCCCGGGAUCAUGACAUGUACAUGCUCGUUCUCCAGAACGGCCAGGAACGCACGCGGGAAGACUGGGAUAGACUGCUCCGCGACACCGACCCACGAUUUCAAUUGACUAACGUGUCCAAACCGCCGAAGUCGUACCUGGCCAUUGUGGAGGUAACGUGGGAGGGGUAGAGCUUCCAGCUGCAUGACUAUAUGACCGGCGUUGUACAUGGAUCUAGACGACAACAGACUUGGCUUGAUCAUUGUCCCACAUGGUCCUAUACAGCGUACACUGCAUUGUGGGCUUUUGCACGGAGAGAAAGUUGCAUGCAAGUGGGGACGCGAAGCAUUCGUUGCUGAAUCCUGCAUCCUGCUCGUUUAAUUGUUGUCGCGCCAUGCUUGGCUGGAUGGGGCAGAGAAUCCCAGUUCUGCCGCCAUGAUUCAUGGCAGCUGGUGCGGAUUCUUGCGUGAAUAGAAUGUCCCGCUGUAGGAGAACUACUGCGGAUGUCAAAGGAUUGAUGCAGGGGUUUUAUUUAUUGCGGAUUUGUCUGGCUGAGGACACUGUGUUUACCCCGACCAUCAUAUUAUUGUUGUUAUUCUAAGGGAAGGAAUUCUGC